CAGCCUCAUGAUUGGACCGAGGAUUGCCAAAAAGCUUUCGACAGUAUCAAAGAAUAUCUGUCUGAACCUCCGAUCUUGUCUCCGCCUGUGGAAGGAAGACCUCUGAUUAUGUAUUUGACAGUUCUUGAAGACUCGAUGGGUUGUGUACUCGGUCAACAAGAUGAAUCAGGGAAGAAGGAAUUUGCUAUAUACUACCUCAGUAAGAAGUUUACUGAUUGUGAGUCUCGGUACUCUAUGCUUGAGAAGACGUGUUGUGCUUUGGCUUGGGCUGCUAAGCGUUUGCGCCAGUACAUGAUAAAUCAUACAACUUGGUUGAUAUCCAGAAUGGAUCCAAUUAAGUAUAUCUUCGAGAAGCCUGCUUUAACUGGGAGGAUUUCCCGUUGGCAGAUGUUGUUGUCUGAGUAUGAUAUUGAGUAUCGAGCUCAGAAAGCUAUCAAAGGUAGUAUCUUGGCUGACCAUUUAGCGCACCAGCCAAUCGAAGAUCAUCAGCCUGUUCAGUAUGACUUCCCUGAUGAGGAAAUUUUGUAUUUGAAGAUGAAAGAUUGCGAUGAGCCUACACUUGAUGAAGGUCCGGAACCUGGUUCCAGAUGGACGAUGGUGUUUGAUGGCGCUGUUAAUCAAUAUGGAAAUGGAAUUGGGGCAGUGAUCAUUACUCCUCAAGGUUCACACAUUCCGUUUACAGCAAGGCUAACUUUCAAAUGCACGAAUAAUAUGGCGGAGUAUGAAGCCUGUAUUAUGGGACUUGAAGAAUGCAUUGAUUUGAGAAUCAAGCAUCUUGAUGUGUAUGGUGAUUCGGCACUGGUUGUUAAUCAGAUCAAGGGUGAGUGGGAGACGAAUCAACCAAGUCUCAUACCAUACAGAGAUUAUGCAAGAAGGAUUUCAACAUUCUUCACAGAAGUUGAAUUUUAUCACAUUCCUCGAGAGGAUAAUCGGAUGGCAGAUGCUCUUGCUACGCUCACUUCCAUGAUUAUGGUCAGACGGUGGAAUGAUGUCCCCAAUAUUACUGUGAUGCGUUUGGACAGACCAGCUCACAUAUUUGCAAUCGAAGAAGUGAAAGAUGACAAGCCUUGGUAUUUUGAUAUCAAGAAUUUCCACCAGAACCAGGUCUACCCGCCUGGGGCAUCUGUGAAAGAUAGGAAAACUUUGAGAAGGUUGUCAGGCAGUUUCUACCUCAGUGGUGAAGUGCUGUAUAAGAGAAAUUUCGACAUGGUUUUGCUCAGAUGCGUGGAUAGACAC